AUGGUGAACUACCAACUUCUUCUAAUUUUCAACUGCGUAUUAGAAAAAUCUGCAAGUUGAAGAAAGAGCUGCAUAAAGAUCAACGAGCAGGGGUCAGAGAUGAAGUUAACGAUUUGUCGGGUCGAUCCUCCACGAUUUCCGCCUUGCCCUAGCCGGAGAAUACAGCAAAUCAGCAGAUCUUACUUGCCUCCGCCAUUAAAACCAGAGAAUGAAGAAACCCUUAAUUUGGGUUGUUCCACUGUUCUUUUGGCUGGCUUAUUAUGGAGUUGAAGCAGCCUCUUAUCAGCCCUACAGAACCGCCUUUCACUUCCAGCCUCCUAAAAAUUGGAUGAAUGAUCCCAAUGGACCGAUGUAUUAUAAGGGGGUUUACCAUCUGUUCUAUCAGUAUAAUCCUUACAGUGCAAUUUGGGGCAACAUUACUUGGGCCCAUUCARUAUCAUAUGAUCUUGUUGAUUGGGUUCAUUUGGAGCAUGCUCUGUAUCCAACAGAACCGUAUGAAGUCAAUGGUUGCUGGUCUGGUUCUGCAACAAUUAUUCUUGGUGAAAAACCAGCUAUCUUGUACACUGGAGCCAACUUCAAAAAUCAGCAAUUUCAAAAUUUAGCUGUUCCUAAGAAUCCGUCUGACCCUCUACUGAAGGAGUGGAUUAAAUCCCCUCAUAAUCCUCUGAUUGUCCCUGUUGAUGACAUUGAUCCUCAGAAUUUUAGGGACCCAACGACUGCUUGGCUAGGCUCAGAUGGGUUAUGGAGGGUCAUUGUUGGAGGGGAGAUUGGUGGUCGUGGAAUGGCGAUUCUGUACCGCAGUAAGGAUUUCGUUGAUUGGACUCGGAGUAAGAGUCCGCUUCAUACAUCAACCGAAACCGGGAUGUGGGAGUGCCCGGAUUUUUAUCCGGUGAGUAUCAAUGGUAGUAAUGGACUUGACACUUCUGCUGAGGGUAAGUUAGUAAAGCAUGUGCUCAAGGCAAGUUUUCAUGACAAUGACCACUAUGUACUGGGAAGUUACGUGCGAGAAACGGACACAUUUUCAGUUGAAACUGACUUCUUGAGCAAUGGAUCUGAUAUGCGAUACGAUUACGGGAAAUUCUAUGCUUCCAAAUCAUUUUAUGAUAGUGAUAAGGAGAGAAGAAUAUUGUGGGGAUGGAUAAAGGAAUCAGAUAGCGAAGCAGAUGAUAUUGGCAAAGGAUGGUCUGGCCUUCAGUCAAUUCCUAGAAGUAUUUUGCUUGRUGAAUCUGGGAAACAAUUGGUGCAAUGGCCGAUUAAAGAAAUCGAGAAACUACGGACAAAGCAAGUGAGUUUUGAUGAUAUGGACCUCAAAAGUGGUUCAGUAUUUGAAGUCCCGGGUAUUACGGCCGCUCAGGCCGAUAUCGAAAUUUUGUUCCGCUUAUCUGGUCUCAAAGAAUCAGAAGAGAUGAACGUGAGUUGGAUUGAUCCACAAUUGCUCUGUAAAGAAAAUAAAGCAUCAGUGAAUGGCAUGAUUGGACCAUUCGGAUUGUUGGUCUUGGCUUCUAARGAAUUGACAGAACAAACUGCAGUCUACUUUCGAGUAUUAAGGAAGCAAUACGACAAAUAUGCUGUGCUCAUGUGCAGUGAUCAAAGCAGGUCUUCUCUGAGGGAAGGGCUUGAGAAAACCACUUAUGGAGCAUUCGUCGACAUAGACCCUCUUCAUGAAACGCUCUCCUUAAGAAGCCUGAUAGACCAUUCCAUAAUCGAAAGUUUUGGUGGAAAUGGGAAGGCCUGCAUCACUGCAAGAGUGUAUCCAAAUUUGGCCAUCAACCAAGAUGCCCAUCUUUAUGCAUUCAACAAUGGAACUGUGGAUGUAAGAAUUUCAAAGCUUAGUGGUUGGAGCAUGAAGAAAGCCCAGAUUGUUCCCAUCCAAAAGAGAAGAAAAAAGGCACCCACUUCUUGAUAUCAAAAUUCCAAACCUUAGGUACCACUUUAAACAUCAAAGCAAUUUCCUUUACUGAAGAAUUAGAAUCAUUAUGGCCUUUAUUGAACUGAAGUAGUGAACAAUUUGGCAUAUGGUUGUGUUUCCAAUUAUGCAUCCUAGUCAAAAAGUACAGAACACAACAAAUUUCCAAAGCAAGUGAAGCAUAUGACAAGAGGCAGAGUAGAAGACAGAAUAUUUUAUAAAUUUAGCUCAUUAUUCCAACACACGUGACCAAAAUUCUCAAUGUUGGAUGUUUUUUUUUCCACUC